AUAGGGCACAUCGUAGCAAAUUAGCUGAUUUUUUCCUGAUCUCAAAAAGCUAAACAAGGUUAGAGCAGGUUAGGAUUUGGACAGACCACUGAACACCCCAGAAAUGUAGGCUACAUAGAUAAUUCAAGAAAAUCAAGUCAGUCAUUUCCACAUUGUUAAAACAUCAAGAUGUCACGAAGUGAUCAAAUGCACAGUACUGUAGUCUGAAAGAACUUCUCGCUUCUAUCAGGAAAAACAGCAGUAAUCUGAGAGUACUUCCCUAGCAAUUACGCAAUCGCCCUAAUUUACGCAGAUGAAAACAACAUACCAAACAUUUAUCCUUUCAUUGGGUGACAUGAGAAAAGGAAAAUCAAUUUUUCCCCUCAUGAACGCGCUACCAGAGCCAAUUUCGCAGGCUAGUUUAGCGUUAUGUGAACUUCAUAUCCGAGUUUAUCUUUAUCGUGUCAUGUGAACUGAGUGAAUACGGAUAAAGCGUGUCAUGGGAAACCCACUCAUUCCAGUCACAAUACUUUUCCCUCAAAUGCGUUCUGACAACCUAUCCCAACACUUCCAAAGCAUGACGCAAACAAUUUCGCACCCUCUCUGCCACACUCUUCGGGUGCAUCUUUCCCUCAAGCAAUGGGAGAAGAUUCGAACUGACAAGCGAAGGAAACACCAUCCGCCAAAGCAAGCCAGCUAAAAGGUUCCGCAGCUUCUCCCCGAAAGAAACAUGGAAUCACACGUGAAGAUUAUACAACGGGACUGACUCCCGGCGCGACCAAUAGUGGCCAUUUCAGAGGUGCGCCCGCCCACUCUUUGGAGUGUCAAACUUUUCCUUUAGCCAAUCGCCGCCUGCCGAGCUGGUUUCUCAAAUCGGGACACGUUUCUGAAGGUGUGAAACCUGAGCUCGGCGGUGCCUGAAAGGAGGGCAGGCGGAGGGUGGUCGCCGAAAGGGGGCGCUCGUAGAGCAGGGCCAGUAGAGGCGAGGCAGAAUAGCGGCUGUUUCUGUCCCCUUUUUCUUCUUUCUCCUCCUCUUCCUCCGAGUGUCUCUACGCUGAGGGAAGACUCGGAAAUCGGCAGUUUUAAGUUGUACAACCUGCAGUCUCUGCCGCCUGGUUGGUGGGCCGACUGGCCCUCCUUUCGCUGCCAGCGCCGAUAUUGGAAGUAGGUUGGGCCAGGUUACAUCACUGUUCUGCGAGCUGCCCAUUUGCUUCUGGAUGCAGUUCAGGGUGUUGGUUAUCACCUUUAAAGUCCUUUGUGGCAUGGGUCCAGGUUAUCUGACGAACCAUCUCACCCCAAUCCAUACCAGUAAAAGGGACAUGCUGUAGACCCUAUUAGUCAAGGAAUUUCAGCUGGUGGAGUCCAGGACAAGAGCCUUUUGCCCUUUGGAGCAUCAUACUCCCAGAGGUUUAUAAAAUAAUAUUUCAAGUUUGAACACUGGAAAACAUUGUCGUGUUGAUAUGGAAUGGAAAACAUUACUGUAGUAUUGCAUAACUGAUUACCUAAGGUCAAAAUUCUUUGAACUUUGCUCUGAAAAACCUUGGAUUCUUUGGCAUUUAUGUAGCACUUAUUGGCGUUAAAAUUGUUUAGAAUGAGCAACUAUUUGAAAACAGCAAAUGAUAAAAUCAUAGCAGAAACCAUGGAUAUUCAAAUGGAGAAUGAACAAAAUUUGGAUAUUCUUCAGGAAGAUAUUGAGAUGAAUGGGGAAAUGAGUACAAAUGAUACCAAUGAAAAUGAUUCUAGUGGGCAUGAUUACCACAGCAAUGAGGGUGAAGAAAAUGAUAAAGAAACAGCUAUGAUUAUGGAAUCUUUUGAUUACUAUAAAAGAAGCGAACAAUCUUCUAAAUCCAAAACUCGGAAGGAGUUGAUAAAAACUUUGCAAGAGCUAAAAGGAUAUCUUCCUCCUCAUAAAAAGAUCAAAGGCAAAUCAAGUAUCCUGGCAACUUUAAAAUAUGCACUUAGGAGCAUUAAGCAAAUUAAAGCCAAUGAAGAAUAUUACCAGUUGACAAUGAUUAAUGAAAAUUAUCUCUGUGAUCUUGAUAUAUUAUCCUGUACUGUGGAAGAUGUUAAAAACAUUACUGCAGAGUACACCAUGAAGAAUGCAGAUAUGUUUGCUGUAGCUGUUUCUUUGGCUACUGGGAAAAUUUUGUACAUCUCUGAUCAGGCUGCCUGUAUCCUCCAUUGUAAGAAAGAUUUAUUUAAAAAUGCCAAAUUUGUGGAGCUUCUGGCACCUCAGGAUGUCAGUGUUUUCUAUAGCUCAACUAUACCAUAUAGAUUGCCAUCUUGGAGUAUUUGCAAUGGAGUUGAGUCUGCUAACCAAGAGUUCAUGAAGGAAAAAUCUUUCUUCUGCCGCUUCAGUGCAGGAAAAGCGAAUAUAAAUGGGAAUCACAACCACCCAUUUCGUAUGACCCCAUACCUUAUUAAGAUACAAGGUGCGGAAGAUCAGCUUUGUUGUGUGUUGCUUGCAGAAAAGGUACAUUCUGGUUAUGAAGCACCUAGAAUUCCUUCAAAUAAAAGGAUCUUUACAACCAUCCAUUCACCAAGUUGCUUAUUCCAAGAAGUAGAUGAAAGAGCUGUGCCUCUGUUGGGAUAUUUACCUCAGGACUUAAUUGGAACUCCUAUUUUACUACAUCUUCAUCCAAGUGACAGGCCUUUAAUGCUAACAAUUCACAAAAAAAUACUUCAGCAUGGCGGACAACCAUUUGAUUAUUCACCAAUCAGAUUCUGUACUAGAAAUGGUGAAUACGUAACUCUGGAUACAAGCUGGUCCAGUUUCAUCAAUCCUUGGAGUCGAAAGAUUUCAUUUAUAAUUGGAAGACACAAAGUUAGAACGAGCACUUUGAAUAAAGAUGUAUUUGCACCUCAACACACAGAAGAAAAAAUGCAACAUCCUAAUACUGAAGAAAUUACAGGACAAAUACAUAAACUAUUACUACAACCUAUAUAUAAUAGUGGCUCUAGUGGCUAUGGAAGUUUGGGCAGCAAUGGAUCACAUGAGCACCUAAGGAGUGUGGCUUCAUCCAGUGACAGCAAUGGGAACAAUGAAGAUACUCAGAAAAUACAGAAACGUAUUUCUUCUCAAAAUAUUUGUAAAAAUGAAAGUGUGGACAGAAAUCAUGCCUACUUUGAUUCUAAAUUAAAGCUUGAAAAUCAGAAGAAAUCUUACAGAGAGAAACACACUGACUACCGUGAUCAUACCAAUAGUAUCGCUCAAUUGUUUGAAAAUGAUGGCAUUGGGACUGCUUGUCAAAGGAGUCUAAUUGCAAAAGAAUCAACUUGGAGAGAACAAAUGAUAUAUUCAUAUCAACAGAUAAAUUGUUUAGAUAAUGUUAUCAGAUACUUGGAAAGUUGCUGUGCAGCUGAUACUGUGCAGAAAAUGACUCACCCUACACCAUAUACUGAUGUAGCAUAUAGAGAGAAAAUGAAUGCUAAUACAACAAAAGCGUCCACAGAAAGGGGACAGUCAAAAACUUACAUAGGUCCUGCAGUGUUGGAAACAUCUGAUACAUCCAAUGCUUCAGCUCUUAUGGAUGCUCAUUUAACUUCUUUGACUUUUCCUGGACAACCUGAAAGUGUAAUAUCUUUUGUCAGUCAAUGCAGCCACAGCAGCACCAUAGUUCAUGUUGGAGAUAAAAAAACACAGCCUGAAUUAGAAAUUAUAGAAGACAAUCCAUCUGGGAUAAAAUCCACAGAGAAUCAAACUAUUGUUCUACAUUCUAACCGUUCACAAAAGAACAAAGGAAAAGCAAUAUUUAAGAAAUUAGGUCUUACAAAGGAUAGCCUUGCAAUACAUACUCAAAAAGAAGAGUGGAGUUUUUUGAAUAAGUGUAAAGAAGUAAAAAGGUUCCAUAUUUUUAAGUGUGCUUGCAAUUGCUACUUUCAAAAAAGACCCAAAGGAUGCCCAGCGGAACAUGAUAUGUGUGGAUUACACCAUGAUCCUCGGAUAGCUUUUUCUUUGAAGAAAAUUGGAAGGAUCAAGAAAUCUAAACAAAAACGACACAAGCAACAUGAUUCUUCAAACAGUAUAACGUCUGGUACCAAACCCUUGCAUGAAUUUCUUCUGCUUAGCCCAAAUAAUGCAGCUUCUUCUCCAUCAAAUCAUUCACAAGCAAGUUAUCCAACUGUGCCUGUUUCGACAGUUAUGCCCACCAUUUUUCCAUCUACAGGAAUCACACCAGCAGUUCCUGAAGUUUCCCUAUCUUGUUUUAAUGAAACACAGGAUUUCAAAAAACAUUGUCCUCUGCCAUUAAGUGAGUUUGUUCCACCCUUAAUGACUCCAGUAGUAGCACUUGUUCUCCCUAACCAUGUAUGUCCUCAGACAAAUAAUAGUAUUCCUCAGACUUCUUGUCUUGAGCCACCUGGUUUUUCUGUUCAGUCUUCUUCCUCUUCAGAAACUUUGCUUACAACACCUCCUUCAUUUGCUGCUUCAAACAAGUUCCCUCCUGAGGUAGAUUUUUCAGCACAACCACUUUGUUAUAAUUCUCUAGCAAAUAGUGAAAAGAACCCUGUUGUAGAAUGCCAAAAUAAGCUGUCCCGUUCUUGUACACCAGAGUCCUUGGGUCUACAAGAUCAGUCCUCAUCAAUGUUGUACCAGUCACGGUGUAGUUCUCCUUUACAGUUGAAUCUUCUGCAAUUAGAAGAAAUGCCAAAAACAUUGAGAAAUGGAAGUAUUGCUGUAGAGGGAAAUUAUGGGACUUUAACUGAUGGAGAGAUUACAAAUAAACAAUUAAGCAGAGAUAAUAAAAGAAAAGCAUCAUGUGCAGUUAACACACAAAUGGAAAUUCAGAAUACUGAUACAUUGUCUUUAUCUACUGAUCUACUUGAUUUACUUCAAGAAGACACAAAUUCAGUCACCGGAUCAGGAAGUUUUGCUUUAGCAGCUGCUGAAUCUUUAGAAUCUGGAUCAAAUGGAUGUGAUAUGUCAAUCUAUGGAGCAGGAUGUAGUGAGACAAGUCAAAUCAGCAAGUAUAUUGGAAGUAUUAACUCCUCAGAAAAUAAUCAUAAAACAAAAUGUUCACAAAUGGAAGAAGAGGUACAGUUCAUUAAAUGUGUCAUCCAGGAUCCUCUUUGGCUAGUGAUGGCAAAUGCAGAUGAUACUGUUAUGAUGACUUACCAGAUUCCAUCACGACAAUUGGAAACUGUUUUGAAAAAUGACAAAUUGAAACUGAAACAAAUGCAGAUGUUCCAACCAAUAUUUACAGAGAAGCAAAAAAGGGAGUUACUUGAAGUUCAUCCAUGGAUUCAAAAAGGUGAACUCCCUCAGGCUCUUGCAAAUUUGGUUUGUAUUAAUUGUGAAGAAGGUAGCUGAUCUUACAUACAAAACGAAGGAUAAAUCAAUGAAAUGGAGCUUAAUGAAUGAGGUUGUGAGAAUAGUUCACCCAUUCUGAACCCAUUCAACAGUGAAAAUGUGUAAUCCAUGAAGAGAAUUUCAAAAUCAUCUGCUUUCAGCUGAGGCAAUGCAUCAUUUUGUCUCAAAGGUUAAGUUUGUUUCUUGUGAAAUGAAUCUCAUAUGCCAAACAAAUUGAUUUUUUUUGUUCUAAAGAAAGGUCAUUUGUUAAUAAUCUCUCUUUAUGGGAACAUGUCUUUCUAUUAUUGUGAGCAAUUUCUGAAAAUGAUUUUUUGUUUGCAUUUAAUAAAAUCUUUUCAAUUUUAAA